GUAUUUUUAUAAAUAAAGUUUGAUUUGAUUAUGUGACAGUAACAGACUUCCUGAUGUGGUUCCGUCCCACAUCGUCCCACCAGAACAUUGUGACCCAAAAAGAACGUAGAAAAAGACCACAUUGGAAUGUUCUGUAGAAAAACAACCCUUAAAUAAUAAAAACUAUUUUAAAAUGUUUUUUUCUGCCCUAUAAAUGAGUUUGAACUCGUCUUUGUUUUCUUCUUUCUCCGUUGAGGUUUUCCCGCUUCAUCCCUCUGUUCUUCCUCUUUUCCUGUCUUCUUCUCUGUUUUCCUGUUGUUGUUUUAGUUCUUCAUUCUAACUUCUGCUCGCUAAGGCUCAUGGGAAGGUGGGAGGGGCUCUGCCGCCUGUGAUUGGUUAGGACACUCCCUCAAAAUGGCGAAGUCCGUGCUGAGUGUGGAUGGCUGCAGUUCGGACACGGUCCGGGUUCUGUCGGUUCCGGUCGGUCUCUAAGCAACAGCUGCGUGUUUUCCCGCGCUGCAAAGUUCCGGGUCAGGUUCUGUUGGUUCUGGACCCGUCCGGACCGAGGCUUUGUGGAGCGGCGACAUGUCCGCGCGAGCUCCCACAGAGGACCUCAAUCGGGUCUUCAAGGAGGAAGAAGCUCCUGCAGAACCGCUGCUGUGGAACCAGGAGGAACCCCUGGACGUCAAGGAGGAACUGGAGAUCCCGGCCAUUAAAGAAGAACCAGAUGUUCUGCAGGUUAAAGAAGAAGAGAUGGAGCCCCCCCUGCUGGAGUCCCGCGACCCCCCAGAAGAGUUCCUGACCAGUGGUGGGCUUCAGAGAGCUUCUCCUCAUGCUGGACGUGAGAAAACCCUCAACUGGAUCAAGGAGGAAGAACCAGAACCUCCAUGGGUCCCUGGGGGCCCUGAUGGUGGCGGGCUGAAAGAGGAGGCGGGUCUACUUGGUCUGGACUUGAACAGACAGCUGGUCAUAAAGUUACACAGAAUAGAUUUCCCACAGCCCCCUCAAUCCUGUGAGGUAGAUCCCUUUGGUAACGCCAAACCAGCCCCUGGACCUCUGCUUCCAGACGUUAGCCAGGAUCAGCCUGAGGAUCCACCCCCUAACAGGAGGCGGAUCCUGUCAGACGCCCGUUCUACGGACACAGGUGUCAGCGACCACACCAACCAAAGAGCCUCUGGUAGAAGACCUGCCCGGAAGCCGCACUGGUGCAAAGAAUGUGGGAAGAGUUUCACCCAACACAGCUCUCUGACAGCACACGUGAGGAUCCACACAGGUGAGAGGCCCUUUACCUGUGACGCCUGUGGAAAGAGCUUCAACCAGAAGAGCAGCUUGUUGAUCCAUAGCAGGAUCCACACGGGCGAGAAGCCCUUUUCCUGUGACGCCUGUGGAAAGGGGUUCAGCCAGCGGUACGGCCUGCUGCGCCACGCCCGGUCGCACACGGGGGAGAGGCCUCACGCCUGCCGCUUCUGCCAGAAAACCUUUGGCCAGAGUUACCACCUGAAGAAGCACAUGAGGGUUCACACCCGCCAGGACUCCUGCGCGUCCCGUGACCAGAGCGGACAGGGGACCAGCCCCACAGAGGGGCGGCCUCAGUCCUGUGACACCUGUGCAAAAGGCUUUCGUUGGAGGAAGGAUUUGUUGUCCCACAUGAGGAUGCACCUGGAUAUGAGUCCGCACUCCUGCGAUACCUGCAGGAAGACUUCAUGUCAGAACCGGGACUUGGACCACUGCCGCAGAGUUCACACCGGCCAAAAGCCGCACACCUGCCAAACCUGCAGCAUACGGUUCCGCUGCAGCAGGGACGUGUCGUGCCGCGCCGGGACGCACGCGGGCGAGCGACCGUACUCCUGUGAGACGUGCGGCAAAAGGUUCAGACGAAGUUGUCAUUUGUUGUCUCACAAGAGGACUCACCAGGGCGGGGCGCCCUUCAGGUAGCAAAGAGCGGCCUUCUGGCUGGAACUCUGGAUCCUGGAACCACAGGUUUGUCUCAGACUGGAUCCUGGAACCACAUGUGUGUCUCAGGUCUCAGGGUCCUUCUUUGAAGCUAGAAUGACUACAAACAAGCUUCGUUUAGACCCCCUCCAGCCGUCUAAAGACUUUCAUGGAUGCAAACUCACAGAUUUGUCCUGUUUCAGUCCAACUUGUUUCAUACCUGACUUUAGUUUUCUGCUAAUAAAGCAACAUUUUGUGUUUUUGUCAUUCAA